AUGCCUCCUCUCUCCCUAUCACCAUCAAACACCAUCCUCCUCCCCAACCUUCCCCCGAAGACCCUUGUCGGCAUCGAUCUGAUCACGUUCACAUCUACGUCGAAUUUUCACGGAAUCAGAGACCUCCCUGAAGGCUGGCACUUUCUCUACACUGGUACUACAGAAAGCUUUUCACUCAGAAGUGGGGCAUGGUUUUACGUGGGCGACCAUAGCGCCGCCAUUACCGCGACACGAAACAACAGAAACCCGGGACCGGAGGUGUUGAUUUGGAAAUGGAAUACGGAGAUCGAGGCCUUGGUGCCUUUGACAGGAGACAAUGAUGCAGAUAUCCAGGAGGCCAUGCGACGAAAGGCCAAUUUGGGGUCUGUCUGGAGGAGUGGGUUGCUAUUCCGAUAUAGGAGUCGUGUGCCGUCUUCGUAUUUGAAUAAUAAUAAUGGCUCGGCUGGCACGUCAGUUGCAGGUCAGGAUUUUGAUGAUGAAGAGAAUGAGGAGGAAGGGAGGAGGGUUUGGGACCAAUUGACUUGUUACAUAUCGCCCGGGCUUUUGUCGAGGGUUGUGGGUGAUCCGGCAGUUGAUAAUGAUGGUCGACCGAGAUGGACGGUUACUUCUGCUAGUUCUGCAAAUAGAGAUGCCGAUGUCAUUCCGGGUCUCGAGGGACGGACUCUUCAAGAGGCCGUUGGAAAGGCAGAGGGGGAUUUGGAGCUGGAGUUCAAAUUCCUCCCGGUUGAUCUGAAACGGACGUGGAGAGAAGGUGCUAUUGGACGCGAAAGGACAGAGUCUGCACAAGAUCGUUCAUGGGCGUUGGGAGAUCUGAUCAGACGGUAUUCGUCUGAAAGUCCAAAUCAGGGAACAAGGGCCGACGUCGACGUCGACAUGGAUGGUCACGAGGGACGAUCUGGAGAGAAGCAAAUAUUGGGGGAGCUACAAUUUACGUUCCUCAUGGUUCUAACAAUGAUGAACUAUUCAUGUCUCCAACAAUGGAAGAGGCUCUUGAGCUUAGUCCUAACCUGCCGAAGUGCAAUCAGGGAACGGGAACAGUUCAUGGCCGAUUUCAUCGGACUACUUUCACAGCAACUUCAACGAUGCGAUGAUGUCGAAGGUGGAUUGUUUGAAAUGGACGGUGAUGGAGGCGGAGAGUUCCUGCGGAAACUCUUGAUGAAAUUUAAACAAUCUGUCGACGAGAUUGUUGACGGGACCAUGUCUGCUGUCAAGUAUGAGCUCGACAAGUUGGAAGCGUGGGCCAAGGAGGAGUACGACUGGGAUCUGGACCGGGUGCACAUUGUCCGACGGGGCAUGGUUCAACUGGAGGACGGAGAGGAAGUGGAAUUAGAGAUGAAUGGCGAUGAAGAUGAAGAGACGGGGGAGUAUGCUCCCAUCGUCGUGGACAUGGGCGAAGAUCAUUCUAUACAAGAUGUUGAUAUGGGAAAGCCAACAGGAUAG